CUUCCCUCAAAAUCGGUUUUCAAACUAUGUUAAACAAUAUCCAUAACCCCAGGGAAGUCUAACUCUUAACCCUUAAACCCAAUCAAAUGUCGUUCGAGGAGAUAGUCCCACAACAGGAUCUUCCAAAACAGCAGCCCGCGGAAGAGGAAGAGGAAGUUGAGGAAGCUCUCGAAGCCGAGGAUGAAGCAGAGCCCGAAGACGGAGAUGAGGAGCAGGAGCAGGAGCAAGAGCAGGAGCAAUCCUCAUCCGAGGAGGAAAAAGAUCCCUUCGAACUCCUGGACGAAAGCGAGCCAGACGACGAGGAGGAACAGGCCAUGUACAAGGAGUAUCUGGAGGUGAUCAAAGAAAUCGAUGACCAGAACUUGGCCAUUCAGGAUCUGAACGCAAUAGCCACGCAGUUGAGGUGUAAAAGGUGCAAGACGUACAAGGACAGGGAAGAGUACAAGCGUCUGAGGAUCUGUCAGGAGCAGCAGGACAUACAUCUGCGACAGCUGAUCAACCGGGCAGCUCGCCUGCAAAACUUUGGAUCUCGACGGCUGUACGGAGAAGUGGAAAUGGAAGUCACGGAUGCCGAGCAGAGCUGCUUCUUCGCGGGACUUGCGACAACCUCACUCCCGGCGUGCCCUUUAGCUGAGGAUGAGGAGGAUUGCUGCAACAAAGGCUGCUGUUGGGAGUCCGAUUCCGACUCCGACUGGGAGCACGAUGAUCCAGACUGCUGGACCGAGUUCUAGACUUUUUGAUUGGGAAUACAGGUUGGGGUUAUGUGCUGUGCAAAAUAUAUAGUGGUUUUAUGACUAAAAGUUGAUCAAAAAUGGAUCCUUAAAA